AGUGUUUGUAAGCAUGGCUUCCUAUGGGUCAUCAUACCCAUCUCCCAACGUGGACUUCAGCUACUCUACCGCACCUUCUCCUAACACAAGGCAGAUCAUGGCUGAUAUGGCCGAAUUUUACCCCAAGUUAGCUCCAGAGUACCAAGCUCAGGCCAGAGAGGCGCAUGAGCAUGUAUUGCAAUUACAGCGACAAGGUAUGACCAAUGAAGCUUUGAGCUUGCUGGAACAUAUGAGGAAUCAAAUGCGAGAAAUGGUGCGGACUGGCCUUACUCCUGGACAUAUACCCGUAUCUCGAGAAGUUGAUGAUAGUUCACAGGCUAACGACCUCAACGUGCGGCCUAAAGUGCAGGAUUCCGAGAGGCAUAGUUGGAAAACUGAAUUGCCGCGAGGAGCUACAAGGCGUCCCGGUGGCGCUGAAAUUGGAUCUCAGCCAGAGCUCGUGGAUCAACUUUUUAGUACACCUGUUGUGAAUGUACCUGUUACUGCUCCUGUUAUACAACGCCACCGGAAGGAUGCUGAAUCGAUAAGACGUCUGCGGCGGCAAGUGAGGGAGCUGAAAGUUGAACUGGCGCGUACCAAAGGACCGGAAAGCGCGGAGGAAAUGGAAAGAAAAUUGAAAAUGCAGGAAAUGGAAGAAAAAUAUUCUACGUUGGAGAACACUGUUAGAGACCUCCGCUCAGUGUUAUCAGAGCAGUUGAGCAAAACCUCGCAAGUGGUGCAACAAACGGAGAGUAAAGUGAAGGAGGAGAAAGAAAAAGCCGAACGGCCGAAAAAUCCUUUUUGUCGUCACGGUGUAGAUGAUGAUGUGUGUGAAUUCUGUGAAACCAGGAAGGCCCGAACUGUGAGGGCCGAGCGCUCGCCUGCAGUGAACCGAAGCGUUGCGCAGGAGACAUAUGAUAAUCUAUUUUUGGAAAUGCAAAAUACGCUCCUGUCGUAUCAGCGAUCUCUAAUGGAGACGUUGAAAUCAAGAAAAGAAGAGUUGAAGAAAAAUGAAGAUAUGAAUAAAAAUGAACCUACGAGUAACCCUAAAGGAGUUAAUAACAAGGGAGAUGAUGAUGAUGAUGAUGACGAGUUUUCGGCGACCAAGUUGGAAUAUGAGAAGCGGUGGGGAAAGGAGACCGAGCUGAGUCCUAGGACGUUGGCCUUAGCGAGUGCUAAUGAGAGUCGGACAGCAGCGGAAGCGGCGGUAAAGCAACAGGAGGAGGCUGAGAAGAAGGCUAAAGAGCAAGAGGAAAAGGUAAAGAGCUUCCAGAGACAAGCGAGAAAAGCAGCGGGGAGUUCCAAGAAGAGUGGUACUACUAAGGACAGUAAAAAUACCAGCAAGUCUGAUAAGAAAAAGGCGACGACAACAGCAACAACAGUGGCAAAGGGAAAAGAUGGAGAUAGCGAUGAUGAGGAUUCGGAUGAUAGUGAUAUUGUUGCCAAAGUACUAGAUGGUGGUAACGGAGAGGAUGUAGCGGCUAGUAUCCAGCUGGCCGAGUUGAGGAAACAUCAACAGGCUGAGAUUGAGAAACAGCGGAAUACUCUCGAUGAGCAGCGGCGAGCCAUAGAGGAGCAAACGGCCCGGUUGAAACAACUGCAGGAGGAGUUGAAGGCUCGAGCCAAUCAACAGGAAUUACGGCCGCAUGCAGAGGCUCUGAGUACCGACAAUGAAGAAGAAGAAGACGACGAGAGCAGUCCGAGCAACUCACCAGCAGUGUAUCAGCCUUCUGGAGGGGUUUGGGUGCCGGGCCGGCCUGCGGGUCGGGAGGAGUAUAUCAACCAACAGCAGCCGUCUCAAGGAGCGGUGCCUUUGGUGAACGCAGUGUUGGUACCACCAGAAAAAAUAGUUGGCGAACAGCAGCAGGAGGUAGCAUCACCGUCGUAUGCCGCUGUUGCUAGUGGAGUUCCACCACAGUAUGCAGCGUCACAGAGUGGCUUUGCAAUACCACAAGCACAAGUACCGAUGCCGCCACCCAGGACCGUGCGAGUGCCAACGGCCGAGCUUGAAGGGCAUCAGCCGUUACCGCAAGGAGGUCAACAGCAACAGUACUAUACUCGUCCAUCAGCAGCUCAGCAGCCACAGCAGUCGACGGUUCCGAAAGUGGUAACUCCAUCACCGCCGAAGUUCCCUAAAGUCCCGACGGUAGGAGCGAAGAAGACGAGGAAAAGUAGCGGAAGCAACCCUCAAAUGCCACCGCAAGCGAGUGUAGCCACUCCGGUAGAGGAGCCUGGUAGAGUCCCUGGGAUAAGAAGAAAGUUGACAGGGAAUUUGAGUGGUGCUGAAGGAUGGCCUGGUGUGGAGACCCCGGCCCCGCCCGAUUCGACGGAGUUUAAGUGGCCGCAACAAUGAGCUGGAAGGAGGCAUUCUCGUUUUUAUAAUCAUCCUUCUGGGAGAUGUGAUACUUGCUGCUUUCGCAUUCAACAGAAAAGUUUUGUGGCGCAGUGACGCUGACCAGUUUUGCCGAGUAAGUCAGCUGGCGACUAGUUCCUACAGUAUUU